AUGGCUUCCUCUCAUUCUCAUGGCCACUUGCACAAGAAGAUAGACCACUCUAUCUCUCUUAAUGAACGUGCCACUGAUACUUAUGCUUCGGUCUUCGGUGGUGAUGGUUCCACCACCGAUGGGUGGCCUAGCAUUUCCCAAUGGAUCUCAACUUUUGACGAGCUGUUCGAGUCUAACAAAGAAGCCAUGUCAUCGAGCUGUGCUCAAUGGGAUGUCGCCGACAACUCUGAUGAUGAGAUUGCCAAUAUCAAGAGCAGUAUUACCUCUGUAGCCGAGUCAAGCGGUCUCGACGCUCGAUUUAUCCUGGCCAUUGUCAUGCAGGAGAGCAACGGCUGUGUCCGAGUUCAUACUACUGACAACGGCGUUGUCAACCCCGGUCUCAUGCAAAGCCACAAUGGAGAGGGCUCCUGCAACAACGACGACGGUGUCCAGAACCCUUGCCCUGAAAGCGAGAUUCUGCAAAUGAUCAAGGAUGGCGCCGAGGGCACCACUGAAGGUGAUGGUCUGAAGCAGUGCUACGCCUCGGUGACCGGCACCGAUGCCGAAGCCUACUACCAGGCUGCCCGCUGCUACAACUCUGGCUCCAUUGCAUCUGAUGGUAACCUGGGCCAGGGCGGCUCCACUCACUGCUACUCCUCGGAUGUUGCCAACCGUCUCAUUGGAUGGACCAGCGGCACCAGCAGCUGCGAUGCUAAUACCGUCGGCGAUCUCUACACCAGCAACUGGUCUGGCAGCAGCGACUCGAGCUCUGACUCGACUACUACCGCCUCUACCUCUGCCUCUGCCACCUCUACUACCUCUUGGGCUGCUGUCACCAUCGAGCCCGUGACUGCCGCUGCUGCGACCACCACUACGGCCGCUGCUGCUGCCGCUAUCAUAUCCGCUUCUGUUGCGGUCCAGGCUGCUGAAGCUGAGGUGACUUCCACCGCAUCUGUGGUCUCCACCCCAGUCGCGACCUCGACCGCCUCCGUCGUUGCCACCUCCGUCGUUGCUACACCUACCGCUGCCGCUACCUCUGUCGACGAGAAGUACCCCUACGCAAUCUCAUCUUGCCAGGAGUACUACUCCGUCGUCGCAGGCGAUUACUGCCGCAAGAUCGAAGUCCAAUAUGGAAUCACUGCCGCCAGCUUCCAGAGCUGGAAUACCGGUCUUGACGCCUCUUGCACAAACCUUUGGCUGGGAUACCAAUACUGUGUGAAGGCUUAG